AUGCCCCUCAAGAGAAACGUGGAACAAGAUAGUCUGACCCCAGGCACACCCCCAAGUGCAGGCGCCAGCGCAAUCGCUGGCCAGGGCCCAGCAAUUGCUGCCGCCCCAGGGCAAGCCCCAGCCCAGCCCCUCGACCUCAGCAGAAAGGACAAAAAACGCAUCCAGUUCGAAUCAAAAGUCACCAAAAUCAAAUCCUCCUUCACAAAGGACAAAGACUCCCACUACCGCGACAGAUUGACCCUCCUCCAAACUGACUUGACAACCCUCCACCAGGGCAACAACCUCGAAUUCCUACGCAAAUUGCGCGACCUAGAAGAAGACAGAGACCUAGAACUCGUCAGACUGCGGCUCUACGAAGAAUACCGCGUCUACAGGUCCGGCCUGGAGUUCCAAGAAGAUAUAGAAAAGACCAAAGCUGAACACGAACGCAUGAUCAAACUGUGCAAGGAAAUGCUCUACGAAUCCUUGCAAAAAACAAUCAAAAAACUACAAGAAGAACGCCUGUUGCUGGACGUCGCAAACGCUCAAUCUUACUCGAUGGACUACUCUCGAGGCAAGUUCCAAAAACAAACAAGAAGCUAUACCCAAAACAGCAGCAACAACACCUUCUCCGCAUGGGACUCCUCCCCGAACGACGUCAGCCAGACAGAGUCCGGCAACGAAACCGGAGGCAAUGCCACCGAUAGAAGGUCGCUUCGCAGACGUGCAGCAACAAAUCAAAAUCAAUUACAAAACCAGAACCAAUUACAAAACCAGAACCAAACCCAGGGACCCGGAGGGAAACCCCAGGGGAACAGCGACUCGGAACUCAUGCAGUAUUUAAGCGACUCCUCAGAACUACAAGCCCUUCUCUUUGGUGGGAAGGAAAAGGAAAAGAAGAUGGGCCGUGGUCACCAGCGUCUCUCGACCAAGAGCGCCCCAGUACUCCAGUCCCUCACCCAGGACGAGGUAACAGACGAUAUCUCCCUCAUCAGAAAGCUCACAGGCCAGCCACCAGCGCCGUUCAGGUGA